UUAACCAAAUAUUUGAAUGUGAUUAAGCAUAAUUUCCGGUGCUUAAAUCUACUUGUAAUCAAAAACAUAAAAAUCAUACGUUCAAAUUUGUGAUUUAUCAUAUUUAAUAAAUAUUUAACAAGUUUCGUCAUUUGUUAUAGUCAUUUGUUAUAUUCAUUAAUCAUCCAGAUAGCAUAAUUAACCAUAUAAUUGAGCUUAGUAAAGAAGUUAUUCCCUCAUGUUCUUUUUAUAAAAAGAACUUGAAAUAGUAUAUAUUAUUGGUUUUUUGUGUGAAAAUAUGAUUACUUAAAAAAUAUAAAUUAUGUGCAUACACAUUUGACAUAUUGUUACUUGUCAUGUUCCUAUAAUUGAAGAUUCUGCUUUGUAAUUUAAGUUUAUAAAUGAUCUUGAAUUGAAGCUAAAAAGGUUCGGUUAUGAAUAUAGUGGCAGAGUUUGAGACAUAAUAAUCAUAUAAAAGAUGGUAAGAGGAGUAACUGAUAAUGGAAUCCGUAGCAGAAAGAAAUCAUCAAGAGGUCACCACAGAUUCGUAGGAGUUCGUCAAAGACCAUCAGGAAGAUGGGUGGCAGAGAUCAAAGACUCUAUACAGAAAAUUAGGCUCUGGCUCGGUACAUUUGAUACAGCUGAAGAUGCAGCUCGUGCUUAUGACACUGCUGCUAGAGCUUUAAGAGGUGCUAAUGCAAGAACAAACUUUGAUUUGCCACAAGCUGCAACCAAUGGUGGUGGUGGUGCCAAACGUGGUGCUAGUUCCACUUUCAAGAUGGAAACCACUGAACCCUUUUCUUUUGAGGAUGUAAAUGAAUCUGGGUCAGAUUCAAAUUGUUUUCUUGGUGCACUAAAAGCAAAACUUUUUGAUGGAAAAGAAGGGAGGUUUUUUUCAUUUCCUUUUCAUAAUUCUGUUCCUGUUGUUCAAUCAAACAUGGUUUCAAAUUCAAGUCAGAACUUUUGUGCUAAGAAUGAAUUAACUCAUGCUAAUAAUAAUACUAUGCCUAGUUUGUUGAGUGUUUCAUCAAACACUUCUUCUAAGAGUGUUGUCAUACCAAAUCAUGAUCAUGAAGUUGUUGAUGGUGUUAACAAUAAUCAACUUUGUCAAACACCAUCUAUUAUGACAAACAUGUUAUGGUCAAAUGAAAUGGAAUAUGAAUUUCCUUGGCAUACUCAGAAUAUGAUGACUCAUGUUCCUGAUAAUAGUAUUAGUACUAGUUUUCCAUGGCCAGGGGUAAUAGAGUCAAAUGUUGAAACAAAUAUGGUGAACAUGCAGUUACCUAUAGUUGGUGGAGCAAAUGAAGGGUUUUGGACAUUGGAGCAGCAACAGCAGUUUGUUCAAUGUGAGAACAAUAGUUGGUUUGGUUCUAGUGGAUCUUGGGAUCCUCUUAUCUAUGUUCCCUCUGAGCUAGCUUGAUUUAGGUUUAUAUGUCAAUGAAACAAAUCUUAAUUUGUCAAUUUUAAUCAUUCUUUUACUUUGAUACUCACUCUCAAAUAUGAAAUAUAAACAAAAAUAACAUAUAAA